GGGAUGUCAGCUUCAAGUACAGACCAGCGCUGAUGAAGCUGGAAAAGAUUCCGGCUCAAUGACCCCUCAGGACACCGGAAUAUUAUUAUUGUUCUCGUUUUUUGUCGUUUUAUUUUGUCUUUGAAAGGGGUUAAGGGGUCGAGGAACGAUCUCGUUAACGAAACCGGAAAUUGCGAAAACUGCAAGUCAAUCUAGUAAUAAUCACGCACUGUGCUCCGGAUAAUGAGUGAAUACACAGUAACCCCAUUUUGCUAAGGGCCUGCUCAAUGUCUCCGGACUCAGAUUAUAGCCAGCGCUGCGUUUCAAAGCCAAAUUUGCAGUUCAAUUUUGCAUGUUUUCGGGUUUCUUAUCUCCUGCUGCUAACUGCAGGGCCUCGGUCAUAUGACAAGGACAGAUGCCUCCUCACUGCCCUGCCCUACGUCCUUACGCGCAGCGGUUGAUCAAAAUAAAAUAGCUCCGCAGGAAAAAAAAAAAAAAACUCAACUUAGAUUUUAAACCACUCAAAGACGAUUAAUUUCCAUAGAGGAAUUUUCCAUCAACAAAUACCGGUUAUCGCUGUACAAUGAACGUUAAUGUGGUCCGGGAUAGCGAGAAGUACACCCUGCGAACUAGACUCUCCUCUACGUCAUGUUGUUAUUGUGUCCCUCCGCCACAGUCGCACUAGGAAAACAGCUGUGGCUGGGCUAAGGCUAGUUAGCAUCGUUUGUUUUUGUCGUGUGUGUGUGUGUCAGCGAUUUGAGCCGUUCCUUGCGCAAACCGCUAUCAUACAACCCCCGGAGUGACCGACUUGUCGUCUGUCAUCUCUCUUAACGAUGAAGUUUCAGUACAAAGAAGAGCACCCUUUUGAGAAAAGGCGGUCUGAAGGCGAGAAAAUAAGGAAGAAGUAUCCGGACAGGGUACCAGUAAUCGUGGAGAAAGCCCCAAAAGCCAGAAUAGGAGAUCUGGACAAGAAGAAAUACCUUGUUCCUUCCGACCUGACAGUGGGCCAGUUUUACUUCCUCAUCCGGAAAAGAAUCCACUUGCGAGCUGAGGAUGCGCUCUUCUUCUUUGUAAACAAUGUCAUUCCACCCACUUCAGCUACCAUGGGACUGUUGUACCAGGAGCAUCAUGAAGAGGACUUUUUCCUCUACAUUGCCUACAGUGAUGAGAGUGUGUAUGGGAACAGCCAAAGGGAAAUCUGAUCCCACUACCAUCCCCCUCCAACCACGACCCACCUUUCUGAGACCUCCACCAUUCAUUCAUUUAAAUAUUAAAUCCAGCUCAGCAGCCUAGAGUUCCCAGAGUAAAUAUUUCAAAUGCACUUUCACCACCCAUACAUUACCCUUCUCCCAUCCAUUUAUGUCUUUAUUAUUCCGCAGUCUGAAUUGUAUUUGCCUCCACUUUUCUUUUCAGUAACAACUUGGGUUAAGUGGUCCCGUGGCCAGUUAUUUUUCUAGUCUCAUAUGUGAUCAUAUUUAACUGAGAAACUGAGAAAGAUUAAUCACAUAAUAUUAGCAGUAGGCCAUAAUUAUAGUAACUCCAGGGUUAAGGGAAGAAGGGGAAUAGUAUGUGAGUUCAAAUCAGCUCUUACUGACAGGGAAGAUAGUUAUUGAUUUACCACUUUUGUUGGUUUGCAGAAGGAUAAAGUGUGUUUUGAGUUUUGGGUAGUAAAUUAAUAGCAUCCACCAGCUAAAGGCAGAUAAUGUUGUCUCUGGCAGAGUAAAGGAUAACUGUUUUGCAGCAGUUUUUCUCCUGGAAAAAAAUAAAGUGGCUAGGUUUUUUUUUGUUUUUUUUGUUUGUUUUUUGUUUUUUAACUCAUCAGUCACUGAAGUCUGUGCAUUGACAGUUUAGUGUGCUGCCCUGCAUGUGACCCUAGCAAGGAGUAUGAUAGAAUUCAGACUAAACAAUCACCCUCUGCUUUCAGUGGUAAGACUAUUCUGUUGACUGCUACUAUGAUUAUUGUUGUUAUUAUUGUUAAUUUUAGAUGGCUUAAUUUCUAAAGGUAUUGUAAAGCUGCGUGCAAUUUUCUCUUUUUUUUUUUUUUAAGUUUGUCUCCUUUUUUAAAAAAAAUAAGAUUUGAACUCUGUAUACAGCUGCAUUACUGGCUCUUUCUCUCCACUCAUGACCAUACAUGAUAAAAUGUGAUGAAAAGCUA